AUGUCACAAGAACAACUUAUUCAAUUUGCCAAUCAAUUUGUUAAUGUAUUUUAUAAUGCAUUUGACACCAAUAAAUCAAAUUUAGCUAAUUUCUUCCAACAAAUGUCUACAUUAACAUUUGAAACAAAUACAGUUCAAGGUCAACAAGCUGUUCUUGAAAAAAUUCGAUCACUUCCAUUUACUUCAACUAAACAUGUCAUCAGUGUUAUUGAUGCACAACAAAUCCCAAGUAAUGGAGUAACUAUGGUUCUUAUUAAAGUUAUUGGUAAAUUAUCAAUUGAUAAUGAAAAUCCACAUACAUUCACUGAAACAUUUGUACUUGCUCAAAACAAUGGUAAUUGGUUUGUUUUGAAUGAUAUUAUGCGACUUGCUGAUAUUUAA